GACGUUACAAAUAUCGUUCAGUGACAAAAUAUCACAAGGUUUUUUGUUCAUUUUUGCAUGAAAAAAGAAAAAAGUUAAAGAUUGCACUUGAAGAAUGGCACAUAAUCCUAGGAAAGCCAGACCAUCCAAAGUCCUGAUUCGCCUGUGUGAUGCCUUCACUCGCACUGAUGGAAACAUUAUUUGCCCUCUCAUCAAAGCAGAAAUCUCCAUCCGUGUUCUCUAUAAACUGCAGGAAAAGGUUUUAUAUAAAGCUGUUCAGGAAGCUGGCACUGGGAUUGGGCUCACUGAUCCAACCUUUCUGUGGAAAUCAGCAGCUACUGGCAGGGAGAUGGAUGGCAAUUUAUUUGUUGAAUAUUCCAAUUCUCAGAGAUUCAACGAUAACCUAAAGCAAUACCGGGAAACUCUAGUACGAAACUUAAAAGAAGUCUUAAAAGUGAAAAGCAUUUUGAUUGAUAAAGUUGAAGACACAGAUGAAAUAAUUCCACAGCCAAUAAUCUCAGAAACUUGUUUUGAACUCCACAAGCUUAAAUUGUGCUCUGAACGCCUGGACCCAGAUGAUUUUGACACAGGAGCUACUAGAUCUGUAGCUUAUGACACCAUCAAAUCCCAUUUAGAUGAUUUAAAAGGACAAUAUACCAAGUUUGCAGUGCUUUCACAGAAUGGAAGAGGGAAGAGUUUCAUCCUUAACCUGCUCAUGCUCCUCACAGCAGAUUUUGAAGAAGAAUAUGGGGAAAAUAAUCUGAAUUUAAAACUGCCAAAGGAUAUUGAUGAAAAUGUAAAACUGGAAGAGAUUGAAAAAUAUGCUGAUCUACCAGAUGUGGUAAAAGAUUUUCUAAAAACUUUAUCUAAAGAACAGACAAAAGAAUGUGCCAGAACUGUAAUAGGCCCUUUGUGCUGUGAGCUCCCAAAGGUAAAGGAAGUCCAACAUUCAAACAAUUCACUUUCAAAUGUGGCCAAUUAUUUUUCUACAAACAGCAGAAUUAAUAUAGAUCCCUACAUCCUUGCUCAGAAGGCUACAGAGAAAAGCUAUGAAUCUACUACAAAAUGCAUUAUUCAUUUGAGAUACGGUACAGUUUACCAAAUGAGCGUGAAUUAUUUUACUGAAAAAGAUCUUCAACAACAACUGUUUGAAUUGGUCACUUUAAAUGACGAAGACUCUUCAAGCCUGAUGGGUGAAACAAAUAAAAAAAUAAGAAAGAGAGCUCAGGAAUGCUUGAAAGCUAGGUUUGAAAUUUUAACCGAUUAUGGUAGUUUCACUAAUUCACAGGAAAUGAAAGACAAAUUUCAGUCUCCCAAAGAUAUUGUCCUUUCUAAAGAAGUUCAGAAGCUUGCUGGGAAAACAGAAUUAUAUAUUGGAAAUGGAAAAGAGGCCCAUUAUGACCGACUUGCUAUGCGGCGUAUUCUAAGGAAAUUAACAACUUACGACAGCAAUGAUGAAUAUUCCAAAAAGAAAAUUGCUGCUGUCAAACAAAUUAUGAUUUACUUACCCAGCAAAAUAUUGUAUGGUGGCAAAGAAAUUCUGGAAAUGCCAGGAACAGAUGAUUCAGACCCAAUGGCAAUGUAUUUUAUACAAACUGCUUUGAAUGAGGCGGAUGCAGUCAUUGUUAUCAGUGAAUUUGCUUUUAAUAUUGCUGAAAAAGAAGUGAAACACAUGCUGUCUAGCAGUGAUUUUGCAAAAUACUGGAAAGAAAAGCCCUACAAUUACAAACUAAUGCUCCUUGCAUAUCCAGAAAAGAACCAAGGCUGGCAAUAUGGAAAAGAUGACUCAGAAGCUAUUACACAACUGGAAGGAGAAGAAAGGAAUAAAAGAACAGAAGAGUUGAGAUUAAUCAGCGACAUUUUCAAGAUGAAAGACAUGAUGGACUCAGAAAAGGAGGAGUUGGAAGAAAACAUCAUUACAGCAUUUAUAUUACCUGUAUUACACACUUCCAUUCUUGCACAACCUACAGAACAGGGGGAAGAAUAUAAGGUAUUUCAGGAAAAUGAAAAGUUUUUGAAGCACACUGGAAUUAGCAAUCUCAUAACUGAAAUGGAUACAUUUGUGUCAUCGAGACAAAAAUCAACCACUGAAAAGAUAAGAAAUAAGUUUUCACACAUUUGUCAAGAGAUGUCUGACAAUUCAAAAGGCGUUAGAGAAGCAGCAAGAACAGUACUGUGUGUGUUAAAUAACAGGGAAAUAAAAGACACCCUGGAAUCUACAAUUAACAGCAAUCAUAAGAAACUGUUGAUUAACUUUACGCGGGGCAUAGUAGAGUUGCUCAAAGAGAUUGUAAAUACUAAGGUGGAUGCAGCCUUAAAAGAAACUGUCAAACAAGCACAAACAAACUGGAGGAGAAAUGAAAACAAAAUAAUACACCGUGGGGUUUUCAGUCCUUUUUUUAUUGGCAAAAAUCCUGUAUACAAGGUGUUGCUGUACAAUAUUUUCUUUGAUGGCUUGGAAGACAAAAAAACUCGAAUUUUCACAGAAAUUAAAACCAGAAUAGAGGCCUUGCUUCAACAAUACAAGGGAAAUAUCCUGCAACAGUUGACAAAUGACCUAAAUAUGGUGCUAGGAAACAAUCCCCCUUCCUUUACUUUGCAAUUUGUCCAAGACGCCAUUGGAAAUGAGCUGGAUGACGCACUGUCUUGGUAUGUUGGCAACAAAAGGCGACCUUUCAAUGUAAAAACAAUGAGGAAAUGUUUUGAGAAGAGUCAAAACCAAUGUUUUAAAGAAACCAUACUUAUACCAAAUUUUGAAAAAGGUAUUUAUGUGAAAAGUGCAAAGGAAAAUACUGAACGAAACAUCAAAGAAUGUAUAAUGGAUAUAAAGGAGUCCUUUUUAUUUCUGUUAACUGAAUUGCACAUGGACGGAUUGAUAAGCCUAAAUGGGAGACUUAAGUCUAAAAAAUCUUCAAAGAUGUGGCAGAGGCUGGUGUACAAACUGAAAGUUUUUUUAAGAGAAUCCAACGACGAUUACGGAGAAAUUCUCAACGAUUCAAUGCUGAUGCUGGAAGCAAACUUUGAUGAACCCUAAUGAUUAUGGACAUGUUGACAACCAAGAAGAUACAACCAGAGAAUUUUUAUACAGCCAUUUUGAAAUGGGUCUUUUUUAUUCAUAAUUUUACAUUUUUAGCUACAUAUUUGUUUAUUCAUUUCUAUCGCAUUUUUAAAAACCAAUGAAUUUAUGCUUUUUGGAAAGUACAUUUUUAAUAUUAAAGGAAAACUAUAAGCCCGAUUAGCAUUGGUCUUUAUGAAAAUAUAUU